AUGACUAAAAGUGAAAAUGAAGAUUACUCAAUGUUUUUUUCAUCAUAUGAUUCUGCUUUAUAUUGUAAUACAAAUGUUCAAGAGAUGAAAAAAGUUAAUAAAUAAAUUAGCUACUCCAUCUAUUGUCUUAAGAUCAUUAUGGAAUUAUCUCAUUUGGAUACUCUCUCGAAUUCUUUAUAGAAAUUUACUGCUAUUCUACAUAAAAAAUAAUGUGAAAUUAUUUUAACAAAUAUAUGA